CGUGAUGCGGAGAUGCAAGAGCUUGAACGGCCCCUUCUCAACAUAUCGUCCGCAGCGAGUCGGCGAAAGGUCGUCGUUCUCCAUGGCCUUGGUGGUGUAGGUAAGACACAGUUGGCAAUUGAGUUCGCGCGCGAACAUCAAAGCAGGUUUAGCAGUAUAUUUUGGCUGGACGGAUCCUCGGAGGCUAGUCUAAAGCAAUCGUUCGGGGGUAUGGUGCAAAGGCUGCCGCAAUGCGACCUCACAGCAGAUGGUGUAGAGAUGCUCAAACAGACUACUGUCGAUGUCGAUGUGGCGGUGCAUGAGUGUCUACGGUGGUUGUCCCUUCCAUCAAAUCAUCAGUGGCUCAUGAUUUUCGAUAACGUUGACCGCGACUACCACGACAAAGACGAUUCGCAAGCGUACGAUGUGAAGAGCUAUUUCCCCUCUGCAGAUCGUGGGUCGAUUCUUAUCACGAGUCGGCUAGCAAGUCUACAGAAGCAUGGAUCAGGACUUAAAGUAGGGACGGUCACGGCAGAGCAAGCAAAAGCUAUUCUAGAGAACAAUGCUGGAAAAGCGGUCAUCGACGCUAAAAUUAUUCUUGAGCGUCUUCAUGGACUUCCACUGGCGCUUACACAAGCUGGGUCGUAUGUACGAGAAACAAAUAUGUCUGCAUUAACCUACGCAAAGCACUACGAUAGAACCUGGGAACGCUUAAUGAAUAAGCAGGGACAGUCUCCACUAGAGGAAUAUGGCAACCGAAAUUUGUUAACAACAUGGACUAUGUCGUACGAGCAGGUCUGGAAGCAGAGCGAGGAGGCCACAGGGCUGCUUAAGCUUUGGGGCGUUCUAGACUGCGGAGAGUUCUGGUAUGAGCUAGCCGCGGCCGGCGUGCAUUUGUUAAAAGAUAUGGCUAUUCCAACGUGGCUACUGAAAAUUGCGGGUGAUGACCUGGAGUAUGCUGAAGCAGUAGGCCUUCUAUCGCGCUACUCCCUUGUUGAUGCAAAGGAAGGAACCAACAGCCACUCGAUGCAUUCAGUACUGCAUAAAUGGUGCGCCCAGCUAACGGAAGGCGAGGACCAGCGCAGUCUUUGCUGUAUAGCAGCAGGGCUAGUGGCAUUAAAUGUACCCUCGCAACUAGAGGCAGAGUUCUGGAGGAAGCGAAAGAGAGUACUAGCCCAUGCUACAAGAGUUAGUGGAUGGAUACUAAAAGAACCCCUCUGUGAUAAGGGGGAAGUUUUGGAAGCAUUAGUACAGCCGUGGAUGUUUCACAGCCUGGGAGAUUUACUUUCAGAGGAAGACAGGCUGGACGAAGCGGAGGCGAUGUAUGACCGGGCCCUGCGAGGAAAAGAGAAGGCACUAGGAGCAGAGCAUACAUCAACACUUGACACAGUUAACAACUUAGGCAUUCUCUACGCAGACCAGGGACGGCUAGAUGAGGCAGAAGCGAUGUAUGACCGGGCGCUGCGAGGAAAAGAGAAAGCACUAGGAGCAGACCAUACAUCAACACUUAACACAGUCCACAACUUAGGUAUUCUCUACAAAAACCAAAGACGGCUAGAUGAAGCGGAGGCAAUGUAUGACCGGGCGCUGCGAGGAAAAGAGAAGGCACUAGGAGCAGAGCAUACAUCAACACUCCAGACAGUCAACAGCCUAGGGAUUCUCUACGUAGACCAGGGACGGCUAGAUGAGGCGGAGGUGAUGUAUGACCGGGCGCUGCGAGGAAAAGAGAAAGCACUAGGAGCGGAGCAUACAUCAACACUUGACACGGUCCACAACUUAGGCAUUCUCUACAAAAACCAAACACGGCUAGAUAAGGCGGAGGCGAUGUAUGACCGGGCGCUACGAGGAUGUGAGAAGGCACUAGGAGCAGAGCAUACAUCAACACUUAACACGGUCAACAACUUAGGCCUUCUCUACGCAGACCAAGGAAGGCUAGGUGAGGCGGAGGCGAUGUAUGACCGGGCGCUGCGAGGAAACGAGAAGGUACUAGGAGCAGAGCAUACAUCAACGCUGGACAUAGUUCACAACUUGGGCACUCUCUACAAAAAUCAAAGACGGCUAGAUGAGGCGGAGGCGAUGUAUGACCGGGCGCUGCGAGGAAAAGAGACAGCACUAGGAGCAGAGCAUACAUCAACACUCCAAACGGUCAACAACUUAGGCACUCUCUACGCAGACCAGGGACGGCUAGAUGAGGCGGAGGCGAUGUAUAACCGGGCGCUGCGAGGAAACGAGAAGGCACUAGGAGCAGAGCAUACAUCAACACUUGACACGGUCCACAACUUAGGCAUUCUCUACAAAAACCAAAGACGGCUAGAUGAGGCUGAGGCGAUAUAUGGCCGAGCACUGCGAGGAAAAGAGAAGGCACUAGGAGCAGAGAAUACAUCAACACUCCAGACGGUCAAUAACUUAGGUACUCUCUACGCAGGCCAGGGACGGCUAGAUGAGGCGGAGGCGAUGUAUAACCGGGCGCUGCGAGGAUACAAGAAAGCACUAGGAGCAGAGCAUACAUCAACACUUGACACAGUCUACAACUUGGGCCUUCUCUACGCAGACCAGGGACGGCUAGAUGAGGCGGAGGCGAUGUAUGACUGGGCGCUGCGAGGGAAAGAGAAGACACUAGGAGCAGAGCAUACAUCAACACUCCAGACAGUCAACAACUUAGGUAUUCUCUACGCAGGCCAGGGACGGCUAGAUGAGGCGGAAGUAAUGUAUGACCGGGCGCUGCGAGGAAAAGAGAAAGCACUCGGAGCAGAGCAUAUAUCAACACUUAACACCGUCCACAACUUAGGUAUUCUCUACAGAAACCAAAGACGGUUAGAUGAGGCGGAGGCGAUGUAUGACCGGGCACUACGAGGAUGUGAGAAGGUACUAGGAGCAGAGCAUACAUCAACACUUGACACGGUCAACAACUUAGGCCUUCUAUACGCAGACCAGGGACGGCUAGAUGAGGCGGAAGCAAUGUAUAACCGGGCACUGCAAGGAAAUGAGAAGGCGCUAGGAGCAGAGCAUACAUCAACGCUCCGGACGGUCAACAACUUAGGCAUUCUCUACGCAGACCAGGGACGGCUAGAUGAGGCGGAGGCGAUGUAUAACCGGGCGCUGCGAGGAUACAAGAAGGCAAUUAGCCCCGAAAAUAUCGCCACUUUCAUCCCAGCACUAAAUACUAUGUCGGAUCUGGCUUCUCUCCGUAGCCGCCAAAAUCAAGUAGAGGAAGCUAGAAGUCUGUACUCAGAAGCUCUCUCAGGCUACCAAAAGGUAUUUGGGAGUAAUCACUCCAAGUGUCAGGCUUUGCGUCAACACCUUGUAGCUUUAGACAAGGAAAAAGACAUGACUGGCGCUUCGAGUAGCAGAGUGCCGGUGCAGGAGCAUGUUCCCGUGCCAACUGCUGUCGACCAUAUGGCACGGCAGAACACAUCAGCUUCCAAACGACACAGACUAAUAAGGAAAUUUGGCUGGAAGGGCCAGUAAGGCCAUCCUUGGUAGCAC